GCGGUUAAACUUCCGUCCUCCCCAGCUAAUAGCCAUGUCGAGAAGUCAUGAAUAUGCAGCAGCUCAUUAGCAUAUUCAGCAGCUCGUGCGUAGCUGGCUGUCCCGAGCAGAAAGCGAGGCAGGAUCGCGAGCGCUGCACGAACCCAGGGGCGGAUAUCGCGCGAAUGUGUUUUUCUGUGCGAAACGGAGGAAACACGCCGAAAAACGUCACCACCGAGGCGCUUUCUCUGCUCGCCGUUUUGUCACCUUGUUCUUCAGCGAACCUUCGGGAAGCACAACGCGGUGUGCGGUCUUGUUUUGGUUGGAGAAACAAAAGCGGUAAAAAAAAAAGAGAGAAAACCCCACGGGGAAAGGUGUUUGUGUGGUCGUACGGGACUCGAGGCGGCGCGGCGCGGCAUGAACGCCCGCUCACCGGCCCUGUUUUGGGUGAGAGACGGGAGCGCUCGGUUUAACCGCGACAUGCACCGAUAAACAAAGAGGCGGCUACUUUCCUGUCCGUUAACUCGCCCGCAGACUGAACUCUUAAAAAAAUAAUAACAACACCGAAACACUCAAGAAAGAAGGAACGCGGGAUAAAGCUGCUGUGGGAGUGGGUUGGUCUCCGGAGCUGGUGUGCAACAACAUAAAUAAUAAUUAAAAAACAGCCACGAUGAUGCCCUCUUUUGCCGUCCGGAUCCUCGUUCUCGGCUUGUGCGUGCGCGGCGCCGCGGCUCAGGCAGCGUCCACUGCGGCCGUGUGCGCACCCGCGUGCCGCUGCGACGGGGACGGCGGUGCUGACUGCUCCGGGAGAGGACUGAGCUCCGUGCCGAGCGGCCUCAGCGCCUUCACCUACUACCUUGACCUCAGCAUGAACAACAUCACGGAGCUUCCUGCGAAUGUGUUCAAGAACCUGCCGUACCUGGAGGAACUGAGAUUAGCAGGUAAUGAUCUUACUUUCAUCCACCCAGAAGCUCUGUUUGGUCUCCACCAGCUCAAAGUACUCAUGCUUCAAAAUAACCAGCUGAAGACGGUUCCCAGUGCUGCUCUGAAGAACCUCCAUGCUCUGCAGUCUCUGCGCUUGGAUGCGAACCACAUCACAGUGGUGCCUGAGGACAGUUUCCAGGGCUUGCAGCAGCUCAGACACCUGUGGCUGGAUGAUAACAGUCUGACCGAGGUUCCAGUCGUGCCUCUGCAGCAUCAGGGGAACCUGCAGGCGCUCACGCUGGCACUCAAUCGCAUCGGCCACAUCCCAGACAACGCCUUCGCCAACCUCUCUAGCCUGGUGGUGCUGCAUCUGCACAAUAACAGGAUAGAGGAGAUUGGGAAGAACUGUUUCAUUGGCCUGGACAAUUUAGAAACACUAGAUCUGAACUACAACAACCUGAAAAGCUUCCCCGAAGCCAUCCAGACUCUCCCCAAGCUGAAAGAGCUUGGCUUUCACAGUAAUAAUAUCGCCAUCAUACCUGAAGGAGCUUUCCAUAAGAAUCCACUGCUACGCACCAUUCAUCUCUAUGACAACCCUCUCUCCUUCGUGGGAAGGUCGGCUUUCCUCAACCUAUCAGACCUGCACUCUCUGAUGCUGCGUGGUGCCAGUAUGAUGCAGGACUUCCCCAGUCUGAGUGGAACAGGGAAUCUCGAGAGCCUCACCCUAACAGGCACUAAGAUCAGCGCUGUACCUGCAGAUCUGUGUGAGAGCCUCUCUGUUCUCCGGACUUUAGAUCUUUCCUACAAUGAGAUCGAAGUGCUGCCUUCCUUUCAGGGCUGUGUGAGUCUUCAGGACAUAACCCUACAGGAGAACCACAUCCAGAAGAUUGAGCGAGACACCUUCCAAGGCCUGACGAACCUCCGAGUUCUAGACCUGAGCAGAAAUGAGCUGAAGUUCAUCCACCCAGAUGCCUUCCACUCUCUCAGUGCGCUGACCAGCCUGGAUCUGAGCAUGAAUCUUCUAGCCAGUGUACCUACAGCUGGUCUAAAUGCUCUGAACCAGCUCAAGCUGACAGGCAACGUGAACAUGAGGAGCAGCCUGAGCGCCGCCGGCCUUCCCAAGCUCAGGUCUAUAUCAGUGCCGUAUGCAUAUCAGUGCUGUGCUUUCAUUGCCUGUGAUGGCACACUGAAUUCCCUGGAAAGAGAGGACUGGGGGAAAGGCAUUGGUGUGGAUGAGGAGAUGGAGAGGCCCCCCCUGCUUAUGCAUUGUUCUCCUUCCCCAGGAGCAUUUAAACCGUGUGCCCACCUGCUUGGCAGCUGGAUGAUUCGACUCACCAUAUGGUUCAUCUGCCUGGUGGCUCUCCUGUUUAACUGCCUGGUCCUGGCUGCCACGCUUUCUCCACGCAGCUGCUCAGUCUCACCCACCCGCCUGCUCGUGGCCGUCCUGGCAUCCUCCAACCUGCUGACUGGAGUCUACGUGACUGCACUGGUAGUCCUGGAUGCCGCCACCUGGGGCUCGUUCGCAUCCUAUGGCGUGUGGUGGGAGACAAGCGCCGGGUGCCAGGCACUCAGCGUGCUGGCUGUGUUCUCGUCCGAGUGGGCCGUUCUGGUGUUGCCUCUAGCUGCUGUGGAGCGCAGCCUGGCUGUCCGGGCGCUGAUGGGUAAAGCGGGAGUGCUGAGGAGCUGUGACCGGAGGGGUCAGAGAAGGAAGUUUGGACUGGCUGCAGGACUUAUGGGUGUAUUGGCAGCUGGGGUGGCGUUUUUAAGCCUGUAUCAAGGAGCAGUAGAGGGUUCUCCGCUGUGCCUGCCGUUCUCUGGAGGUUUGGCACCUGGGUUGGGCGUGACAGUGGCGCUGGUGCUGCUGAACACCCUCGCAUACCUGUUGAGCGCAGUGAUCUACACAAGGCUCUACUGUGGUCUGGGCCGGGCACAGCUUGCUGAUCCAGAGCAAGCAGGUUCUGUGCGGCAUGUUGCGUGGCUUAUUUUUACUAACUGCAUCUUCUUCUGCCCUGUGGCAGCCUUCUCUUUCGCCCCGCUGCUGACGGGAACGGGGACUGCAGCCGGAAGCCCGGACAUGGCAAAAUCAGUUACGCUGAUCUUCUUUCCUCUGUCUGCUUGCCUAAACCCAGUGCUGUACGUCUGCUUCAGCCCUGCCUUCCGGCAUGACUGGCUCCGCCUAAGGGGGCGGAUCAGACUUGGGAGAGGUGGGAAAGCCAUCGGGACCAGUUCAGCAGGCAUCACGGGAACAGGUGAAGGCGGAGUCUCGAGUGAACUGGGCUACGAAUGUGGCAUGUGCGAACGCUGCGAAGCAGCUCUUCUAGCCCGAGCAUCUUCAUCAUCCGCAUCCUCAUCAUCCUCUUCCUCCUGCACGUGCAGACAUUUAGUGAGGUGGCACAGUUGCCCGGCGCUACCAGCGGGCGAGGUUCCGUGCUCGCGUUCCGAGGGCGACUGGGCCGACUGCGGCACUCUGUCAGCACACUCGGAAUAUGCAGACGAGGGCGACUCGUUCGUAUCGGACAGCUCGGAGCAGGCACAGGCGUGCGGACGUGCGUGUUUCUGCCAGAGUCGCGGCUUACCUUUAGUGCAUUAUUCUUACAACGUGCCCAGCGUUAAAGACUGAGAAUGAGUCACUGCAAACACACACACACACACACACUCGCAUGUUCACACCUUUGCUCAUUCACUACAGAGUGUCUGCUCACAUGGCACACACAAGCACAUUAUGCAGGGAACAGUGGGCAAUUUGAGACACACCCUGGAGCCAGAGACGUUUGACUGGUCAGGAAGCACUUUUAUUUUCA